UCCCUGUUGCCAGGGGAACUGGGGGCGGUGCGCUUUCCGGCGCUGUCGCGGCGAGUCGCAGCUGUCAUGGCGGAGACGGUCUGGAGCACUGACACCGGGGAGGCCGUGUAUCGCUCCCGGGACCCCGUGCGCAACUUGCGCCUUCGGGUCCACCUGCAAAGAAUCACAUCCAGCAGCUUCCUCCGUUACCAGCCUGCUGCCCAGCCUGGGAAGGACCUCAUAGACUUGGCCACUUUUAGGCCUCACCCAACUGCCAGUGGACACCGCUCAGAGGAAGAGGAAGAGGAAGAGGUCGUGAUUGGGUGGCAGGAGAAGCUCUUUAGCCAGUUUGAAGUAGAUCUGUACCGAAAUGAAGCAGCCUGUCAGAGCCCUUUGGAUCAUCAGUACCGUCAAGAGAUCCUGAAGCUGGAGGAUUCGGGCGGCAGGAAGAACCGACGAAUUUUUACCUACACGGACUCUGACAGAUACACCAAUGUGGAGGAGCACUGUCAGAAAAUGACCACCGCAGCCCGGGAGGUGCCAUCAUUCUUGGUCGAACGAAUGGCCAAUGUCAGGCGGCGACGGCAGGACAGGCGAGGGAUGGAAGGUGGCAUCCUCAAGUCACGAAUUGUCACCUGGGAACCCUCAGAAGAGUUUGUCAGGAACAACCAUGUCAUCAACACCCCUCUUCAGACAAUGUACAUCAUGGCAGACCUGGGGCCCUCUGGGAAGCUUGGCUAUAAGAAGUCUGAACAUGUCCUCUGUACUCUGAAAGUGGACAGCAAUGGUGUGAUCACAGUAAAACCUGACUUCACUGGCCUCAAAGGACCCUACAGAAUGGAGACCGAGGGGGAGAAGCAGGAGCUGUGGAAGUAUACGGUGGACAACGUGUCCUCCCUCGCGCAGCCAGAGGAGGAGGAGCGGGAACAGCGCGUGUUCAAGGAUCUUUAUGGCCGGCACAAGGAGUAUCUCAGCAGCCUCGUGGGCACAGACUUUGAGAUGACUUCCCCAGGUGCCCUCCGGCUCUUUGUAAAUGGAGAAGUAGUUUCGGCGCAAGGCUAUGAGUAUGACAAUCUCUAUGUCCACUUCUUUGUGGAAUUGCCAACCACAAAUUGGUCAAGCCCAGCAUUCCAGCAGCUCUCAGGAAUAACACAGACCUGUGCCACCAAAUCCCUGGGAAUGGAUAAGGUGGCUUACUUCUCCUACCCAUUCACAUUUGAGGCCUCCUUCCUCCAUGAAGACGAAUCUGUUGAUGCUCUCCCGGAGUGGCCUGUGCUCUACUGUGAGGUCCUCUCGCUGGACUUCUGGCGGAGGUAUCGUGUGGAGGGCUACGGCGUUGUGGUGCUGCCCGCCACCCCAGGCUCGCACACCCUGACAGUCCCCACAUGGAGGCCCAUGGAGCUUGGCACAGGGGCUGAGCUGAGGAGGUUUUUCAUUGGCGGCUCUCUGGAACUGGAGGACCUCUCCUAUGUGUGGAUACCAGGAACCUUCAAGGGGGAGCGUCUGAGCCGCUUUGGGUUCCGCACUGAGACCACAGGCUGCGUCACCUUCCGCUUGCACUGUCUGCAGCAGUCCAGGGCCUUCAUGGAGUCAAGUUCCCUCCGGAAAAGGAUGCGGAGCGUGCUGGACCAUCUGGAAGGGUUCAGCCAGCAGAGUUCCGUUCACAGUGUGCUGGAGGCCUUCCGUCGAGCCCGGCGCCGCAUGCAGGAGGCCCGAGAAAGCCUUCCUCAGGACCUGGUGAGCCCCUCGGGGACCAUGGUUUCCUAGCUCACGGCGGCCCUGGCCCCCCGUGCAGGAGGACAAGAUGGGUGAUACGUGAGGCUGGUGCUGUCCGCCUCUUCGUCUUUCUCCCCAGUGACCCCACUGGCCUGCCGAGAACCAGAAGAGCUGAGAAAGUCCCGGGCC